AUGGUUUCAGAGAUGAAGGUUGAAGUCACUCACAAGGAAACAAUUAAACCAUCCUCCCCAACUCCUUCACAUCUUCAAAAUACCAACCUCUCUGUUUUUGAUCAGCUUUCUCCUGAUGUUUAUAUACCACUACUUCUCUUCUACCCCAAAAAUAGUAGAGAUGAUGAGGCCAAUAAUAUUGAUCACCAUUCUUCCAUUGCGGAAAGAUCCAAGAUUCUGAAGACAUCAUUAUCUGAAACACUAACUCACUUCUACCCCUUUGCAGGCGAAUUCGAAUAUAAUGUUUCAAUUUCUUGCAAUGAUCAUGGGGCUGCAUUUUUUGAAGCUCGAGUGAACUGCCCCAUAUCAACGAUUUUAGACGAACCUGAUUUUGGGAUCCUUAGAAAAUUGCUUCCAACUGGUAUAGGAUCUACACAAGCAGACACAGGCUAUCUUCUACUAGUCCAGGCCAACUUCUUUGAAUGCGGUGGGUUGGCAAUUGGUGUCAGCAGUUCACAUAUCAUCACCGAUGCCUACACACUCAGCAGAUUCAUUAAAAGCUGGGCUGAUAUUGCCCUAAUGGGCUCCACUACUACUGAUCAUCAUGCCCUGCUUCCCAAGAAAUUUGGCGCUGCAGCUACUCUUUUCCCACAACUGGAUUUCUUGAACUCACCUCAACCUGCGUUGGAGUUUGCUGAAGAAAAGUGCAUAACAAAGAGAUUUGUGUUUCAUGCCUCAAAGAUUGCUGCUCUAAAGUCCAGAGCUGCCAGUGCCACCGCGCCAAAUCCAACGCGCGUUGAAGCAGUGUCAGCGCUCAUUUGGAAGUGUGCCAUGGAAACAUCUCGAUUAUCAAACUCGGGUGUUGUAAGAGCAUCCGAGUGGUCUUCCGUGGUGAACAUACGGAAAAUAUUGGUGCAGCAGCCAUUGGCAUAUGACUUAAUGGGAAAUCUUGUGGGGCUCUUUUCAGUGAGAACCGUGGCAAGUGAAGUAGUAGACAUUGAUGUUCAAAGCUUGGUUGCCAAAUUGAGGAAAGGGGUUGAGGAAUUUAAAAUAAAAUAUGGAAAUGGAGUUAGUGUGGAGGAAGCAUGUCAAUUCUUUAGAGAGUUUGGGAACCUCAUGACAAGGGAUGUAGACAACUAUAACUGCAGCAGUUGGGGCAGGUUUCCUUUCUAUGAAACCAACUUCGGAUGGGGAAAGCCAUUGUGGGUGUGCCAGAGUACAGGACUGAAGAAUCUAAUUGUAUUGAUGGAUACAAGAGAUGGGGUUGGGAUCGAAGUGUCCUUGACUUUCAAGGAAGAAACCAUGGCCGUAUUCGAAACCAAUAAGGAGCUGCUUGCGUAUGCUUCUGUGAAUCCGACUGUCAUUUAA